AUGUCGGACACGAGUCUCCCCUCAGGUCCGUUACCGGACGAGACAAACGAAGAAGUACAAGAUGAGCUACUUGAGCAGACGAAUGAAAAAUCGCAGCAAAGUACCCAUCGAUCUGACAAUUCCCUGGUUCGGGAAAUUAGAGCGGUUCAAACUCAAAUCGCAGCGCAAGAAACUCUUGACAUGAUCGAGCAGAGUGGAGUGGCCGAGAAUGAUUCAGCUGAAGCCCCAUCGCUAGAGAAACCGUCAGAGAAAAAUGAAACAUCGAAAGAGAAAAGUCCAUCCUUGCCAGUGGAAACUCUUGACAACCUUGAAGAUGAUUCUACCGACGGAGAUUUUCAUCAACUUCCACAGAGACCAAACUCCGAGCAAGCAAAAGCGAAUUGCUCGCAAGAAUCCAAAGGCAGCAACAUCCAAGUUAUUGACCAAACUGCAGCUUCAAAAGAAACUGACAUAAAUAUCGUCUCCCAAGCCACAUCCCCUCAAACUUCCCAAGUCGAAGUCCUUUUCGAUCGAAACGACCCUCAAUCGGAGCAAUCUACAAAGCUAAAAAUCCGGGAACUCGAUAGUGAUAAUACAAGAUCGUCAAACUCUUCAAAAGCUUCAAGUCGGGCGGACUCAAUCAGCGCUCGUGUUCAGUCUGCGUUGAAGUCUCAAUUGACGCCAACUCAUUUGGGAAUUUCGGCCGCCGACUCAAUCGAAGUCAAAUCAGUUUCUUCGACAACCUCAUCGAAAUACGCGACUGAAGUGGAUAGAUUUCAGCGAAGCUCAAUUUGGAAAUUUGUCAAGCAAUACAUGACCGAAGACCAGCAGAAAAAGAUGAUGAGUGAUAUGAGCUCCUCCUCUGGCGGUUCUCUGCAAACGCGCUCCAAGACCCUUCACUCGGUCAACACAACUGGAAAGUCUGGCCUUUCCGAGCAGCGUUUCGUUGAUGGAAUCUACUUCUCCCCAAUGGGCAGUCAUAAAUCUUCAACUCCAGACCAUUCCCUUAUCUCUGGCUGGAAAAACACUGAAUCAGAGUCGGACGAGCGAUUUGGCUCAUUUAUGCCAAACUCGAAAUCCCCCGAUUCGAUGAAAAGCUCUCCUGCUCUUGCAAAGCCAAAACUAAACGAAACUCUGACAGAGGAAAAAGACUUUGACUCGACCCUUGAAGAAGGUGAAAUUCGUGAAACUCUUCUUGAAAUGACUGAAGAAACUCCAGCUGUGCCCGUCAAUGAUUUCGAAAGAAAGGAGGAAUCGAUUAGGCGAGAGCUGGAAAUGGAGCAGAAAGCGCUCAGAAACUCGGAAAUCGUUGAUGAUUCUCAAGCCACGGUAACAAGUCAAAUGCGUUCUGAAGACAAGUAUCCGCCGGCAUUUCCUCAAGAAGCAUUUGGAACUGCUGAGAGGGACUCCAACGAGCUUUCAGCUUUUUACAAGAAAGAAAAGGAGCAUGCCGAUCUAAGACCGCUAGAAUCUUCUAUUUCUGUCAAUUCCAGCACCAUCAAUGCUCCACAAUCAACUCGGAUCAAAGUUUCUCCACUCAAACUCGAAACCACAAAUCAACCAGCUACUGAAUCCAUUUUCAUCCGUGACGAGCCAACGCCUCAUGAUUCUGUCAGAGUUCUCGACAAGUCGGCGUUGAGCCAAGCAUCGUCAAUCUUAGAGUGGUAUCCGAAGAGCAUGAGAGAGUUCAAAGCACUCCCGAAAGAUAAAAAGCUUCAAUUUAUUGCUCUGCUGAAGAAGGGCACAUCGAGAAGGCGAAACGCUUCUUCCUCUUCCUCUGCUUCUCUUUUCAGCGAAGUGGGAAGACCAAACCAGCAACUUGCUCCAUCACCGAGUGCUGAGAGAAAACUUGAUCGACAAAAUCAACAAGGAGGAUCUGAAAUCAAUGAGGAGAGAAUGACAGAGAAAAUCCUUUCCUCUCUGGAAACGAAUAUCCGGACAACGAUUCAAGCAGAAAUAGCUAAAAUCAAACCCGCAAUCCGAGAAGAGCCCCAAGAGACCACAAUGUUCGAGCGACCAAGAGUCCAGAAAACUGAAGAAAAAGAAAACUGGCGUCGCAUUUUCCAAGAAUCACCGAAAUUGACUCCAAGAGAGAUCUUCUCCGAGAACGCCUCGCUGAGAAGCCUACCUCCUCGACCAAGAGUUGAAGACAUCGAAGCUGAAAUUGAAGAUUUCAAAAUUAAAGAAAAAAUCGUGGACGAAGUGAGGAUCUGCAAAGCUGCGCUGACGGAGAAGAAGGCGCCAGAACCAGAGGAUGGAGAAAUGGUCUCUUUCUGUGGACAAGUUGAUGAAAAUGAAAUAAUCAGAUCAAUGAAGGACUUGCACAAGAGACUCUGCAACGGCGAGUCGCCAGAACGAAACGGAAAAGCCAGCUCUGGAACUCAAACGAGAGAGGACCCAGUCAAGAAAUCAAGUGCCUGGUACUGUCCCGUCUACACAGGAAGAAAAGUGCCAAUCGAUCGCAACGCGCUAGACUCGACCAAGCGCCUCGCCGAAAAUGCAUGGCAGCGCGCAUCGCUUCAAGAAGCUGUUUUGAUUCAUAAACAAGAGUUUAUCUCAAGGAACGCGUUUUGCAAAAAAAUAGACAGAUAA